AUGGCAGGACUUCAGAACAAAACAUUCACCUUGAACACGGGGGCCAAGAUUCCUGCAAUUGGCUUUGGAACUUGGAAAGCCGGUCCUGGUGAAGCAGCAAUGGCUGUGAAAGCUGCAUUUAAGGCUGGCUAUAGACAUUUUGAUUGCGCACCUUUAUAUGGCAAUGAAGGUGAAAUUGGACAAGUCUUCAAGGAAAUUGAUGUACCUCGAGAGGACUUCUUCGUGACCACCAAGCUCUGGUCCUCCGAUCACCGUCGUAUCACUUCCGCGCUCCAAAAGUCUUUGGAUGACCUGUGUCUAGAUUACGUCGAUCUUUACAUGAUGCAUUGGCCCGUGUCAUUACCAACGGCUUCAUCUGAUACAUACGGCAAAGAGGACCGAACAAUACAUGACACAGACUGGGACUUUACAGACACAUGGCGCGAUAUGGAGAAACUACUAGCUACUGGGAAAGUCAGGGCCAUUGGUGUUGCUAACUUUUCAACCGUGAAUCUUGAGAAGCUGCUCAAGAACUGCAACGUUGUUCCCGCGGUGAAUCAAACGGAGAUUCAACCCUUGCUUCCUCAGAAGAAACUCAAUGCACUCUGUACAGAGAAAGGCAUUCAUCAGACAGCAUUCGGUCCACUCGGAGGUAGUGGAAGCACCCUUCACAGCAACCUAAUUGUCAGUUCUAUCGCAGAGAGACGAUCAUGUAGCUCCGGGAAUGUGCUGUUAAGCUGGGGUGUGAAGAAAGGUUGGAGUGUUAUUCCAAAGAGCGUCAAUCCGGCGCGCAUCGUGGGAAAUCUACACAGCUGUUUCAUGAUGGACGAUCAAGAGAUGGCACAGAUUGAUCAGCUGAUCGAUACGCUUGGAGAAAAGCGUUUCAAUCGGCCUCAGUGGGGGACAGUCAUAUUCCAUGAUGAUGACGAGAAUGUGCAAUAA